AUGAGAACACGGCCUGUCUGUUCCUCGGCGAUGGCCCGCUGGACCGGAGUCCUGAGGGUGGCGCUCGACGAUCCCGGCGGCCCUCUGUUCAAGAUAGCCGUUUCUCUGCGGCUCUCCUCCUCCACCGCCCUGGCCGCGCCCGCCAUCAACGCCGUCUUCUUCACGGGAGACCGAAUCGAGGGGACGGGAAACUCGGUCAUCGAGGAGCUCUCGGAUUCGGGGAACAUCGCGCGCUUGCUGGUCUCGAAGCUGGGCGGGUCCGAUGCGGCCGUAAACGCCUGGGUGGUGGACGCCGCCUCCUUCAGCGGCUCCUUCGCCGUCUACAAAGAGUUUGUUCCCUCGGUGGACUCGCGGGGCGACCCGCUAGGCUACGACCCGGAGGGGCUUCCGGCUUCCAGGUCCAUCGUGUCGCUCUUCUCCAAGUGCAUCCGGCAGGUUCGUCUCCUCCCAUUCCCAUCCCCCCCUCCUCCCCCCCGGGGACGAUUGCCGCUUCCCCCCCUGGCAUUCUCUUUCCGAUUUUCCCGGGGAAGAACUUGAUUGGAGAACCUCAAGAUCCUGGAAGGGUCAACGAGCCUGUUGAAAUCGUGAGUGGAAGGUUUCGAUGGUGUGGGCGUAUGAACGGAACCCUAAUCAGGAACGGAGAUCAACUUAAUCCCAACGAUCAUGACCUAAUGGGCAUAUUUUCAUGUCUUCUGGAUUCGUUCAUGCCGAUCUGCUCUUUACCUAAAGGUUACUGGCGUGAUUGGAGCCGGACGGCAGGAGUCGGCAGCAGCCCACGCGCAUCCGAGGACGGUGCUCUUGGGAUUCAGCAAGGGCGGAAUCGUCUUGAACCAGAUCCUCUCGGAAAUCUCCAGCAUAACAUCUGACUCUCUGGCCUGCUCCCUGGGCGGCCGCACCAGCGCUGAAGACAGCAUAUUUCCUGCCUCGGAAGGCAGGUUCCUCCGCAGCAUCUCAGCGUUCCAUUUCGUGGACGUCGGCCUGAACCGCGCGGGGGCGUAUCUGACCGAUGCCAGCGCGGUUGGGAGGAUCGUGGAGAUCUUCCGUCUCUGGGACAGCAGCAAGGUCGUCAGAUUCGUUCUCCACGGUACCCCUCGUCAAUGGCGCGACAGCCGACGCCCGUGGAUUCGCAGGGAGAAGGCUAGGCUUGCCCAGCUGCUGCGCGAGGAGGAAGCCGGUGAUGGGAGGGGGACAGUAAGCAUCCAGGAGGUGCUCUACUUCCCAACGACGGCCCCUAGCUUGCAGAUGCACUUCGAAAUCAUAGAAGCUAUGCAACUGGGUUGA